CCGGCAGCCGCGGCAGGAGGCGGCAGAGCGGCGGCGGGAGCAUGGAGCGCUGCUCUGCCCCCCCGCCCGAGCAGGAAGCGGUGGAAGCGUGGCUGGACGAUCACGGCGACUUUACCCGCUCUUACUUUGUUAGGAAAGCUACAAGAGAAAUGGUUAAUGCAUGGUUUGCUGAGAGAGUUCACACCAUCCCAGUCUGCAAGGAGGGAAACAAGUCCCAGAGCGAAUCCUGUGCUUGUCACCAGCCUGCCUGUGCCGAGACCACCAGCCCUGGGACACCGGCAAGGAAAAUCUCUGCUUCGGAAUUUGACAGACCCCUAAGGCCUAUUUUUGUCACGGACUCGGUAGGAGCAGUGAGCUUCCUCUCAGGCUCUGAAAAGAAGGAACAGAUGCCUCUGCCAUCUCCAAGGAUUGAGACCAGUGCAGGGGAUCAGUGCUCAAGACUAUUAGAACUCGUGAAAGACAUUUCCAGUCACUUGGAUGUCACGGCGCUCUGCCAUAAGAUCUUCCUGCAUAUCCACGAGCUGAUAGCAGCGGACCGCUAUUCCCUGUUCCUGGUCUGUGAGGACAGCUCCAAUGAGAAGUUCCUCGUCAGCAGGCUGUUUGAUGUGGCAGAAGGCUCCACCCUGGAAGAAGCUUCCAACAACUGCAUCCGCCUGGAGUGGAACAAGGGCAUUGUGGGGCAUGUGGCAGCCAUAGGCCAACCUCUGAACAUCAAGAACGCCUACGAGGAUCCAAGAUUCAAUGCAGAAGUUGACCAGAUCACAGGGUAUAAGACUCAGAGCAUUCUCUGUAUGCCAAUAAAGAAUCACAGGGAAGAGGUUGUUGGUGUGGCUCAAGCAAUCAACAAGAAAUCUGGAAUUGGUGGCACCUUCACUGAACAAGAUGAAAAGGACUUCGCCGCCUAUUUGGCCUUUUGCGGAAUUGUCCUUCACAACGCGCAGUUGUACGAGACGUCUCUGCUGGAGAACAGGCGGAAUCAGGUGCUUCUUGACCUUGCCAGCCUGAUCUUUGAGGAGCAGCAGUCUUUGGAAGUAAUCCUGAAGAAGAUAGCUGCCACUAUAAUAUCCUUCAUGCAAGUGCAGAGGUGUACCAUCUUCAUAGUGGAUGAAGAUUGUCCCGAUACAUUUUCCAGUGUGUUUCACAUGGAAGCUGAGGAAUUAGAAGAUUCUGCUGAAAAUCUGAAGAGGGACUACGACACAAACCAAAUCAAUUACAUGUAUGCUCAGUACGUCAAGAACACCAUGGAGCCACUCAACAUCCCAGAUGUCUGCAAAGACAGAAGAUUUCCCUGGACGAAUGACAGUGCAGAAAAUGUAAGCCAACACAUAAAGAGUUUGCUGUGUACACCAAUAAAAAAUGGGAAAAAGAAUAAAGUGAUAGGCGUUUGCCAGCUGGUGAACAAGAUGGAAGAAAACUCAGGAAAGAUCAAGGCUUUCAACAGAAAUGACGAGCAGUUCCUGGAAGCAUUCGUCAUCUUCUGUGGGCUGGGGAUCCAGAACACACAGAUGUACGAGGCUGUAGAAAGAGCCAUGGCCAAACAGAUGGUGACAUUAGAGGUUCUCUCAUACCAUGCUUCUGCUGCUGAGGAGGAAACGAGGGAGCUGCAGGUAACAGUGGCUGCUGUGGUGCCAUCUGCACAAUGCCUCAACCUGACCGACUUCUACUUCAGUGACUUUGAGCUGUCAGACUUUGAAACAACGCUGUGCACGAUCCGCAUGUUCACAGACCUCAACCUGGUGCAGAAUUUCCAGAUGAAGCACGAGGUUCUCUGCAGAUGGAUUUUAAGUGUAAAGAAAAAUUAUCGGAAGAAUGUUGCCUACCACAAUUGGAGACAUGCCUUUAAUACUGCCCAGUGCAUGUUUGCUGCUCUGAAAUCUGGUAAAAUUCAGAGCAAACUGACUGACCUAGAAACACUGGCUUUGCUGAUCGCCACUCUGAGCCACGAUUUGGAUCACAGGGGAGUGAACAACUCUUACAUACAAAGAAGCGAACAUCCGCUGGCCCAGCUGUACUGCCACUCGAUCAUGGAGCAUCAUCAUUUUGAUCAAUGCCUUAUGAUCCUGAAUAGCCCAGGAAAUCAGAUUCUCAGCAACCUUUCCAUUGAAGAAUACAAGGCUACACUGAAAAUGAUAAAACAAGCCAUUCUUGCCACAGACCUAGCACUGUACAUAAAGAGGAGAGGAGAAUUUUUCGAACUUCUAAGGAAGAAGCAGUUUAAUUGGGAAGACCCUACACAGAAGGAGCUAUUUUUAGCCAUGCUGAUGACUGCUUGUGAUUUAUCAGCCAUAACCAAACCAUGGCCAGUCCAGCAACGGAUUGCUGAGCUUGUAGCUACUGAGUUCUUUGAUCAAGGAGAUAAAGAGCGGAAGGAACUCAACAUAGAACCAACAGAUCUAAUGAACAGAGAGAAGAAAAACAAAAUUCCCAGCAUGCAGGUUGGAUUCAUAGAUGCUGUUUGUUUGCAGCUGUAUGAGGCCCUAACACAUGUGUCAGAGGCCUGCUCCCCUUUACUGGAUGGCUGUAAAAAGAACAGGCAGAAAUGGCAAGCCUUAGCUGAACAGCAAGAGAAGAACCUGAUUAAUGGAGAGAGCAAUCAAGGCAAACGGAACUGAGAUGCUGAUUUAACAACCACAAGCUUAAGUUCACGUAGAAGACAUAGUAAUAGGGGAGUACUGCAUUUUGCUGAACACUGUAUGAAUCUGGCUUAUGUUUUGCCACUGCUGUAUUAUCUUUCCACGUUCCAAGAUAUAGCAUGACCAUGUAUAUGCCAAGAGAUAGUAUGUGUCUUUUAUUACAUCUGAUUGAGAUGGAAAAAGACCUGCAAGGGUAGUUUUUGCCCCUCUGCUCCAGCAGAAGGUACUAGAGCAGUGACUCAGCUGUGCCCGAGAGCCUCUGACUUUCCAGAUGUAUAUAGUUGUUUGGUGAUCAUGUUGUGGCCAGUAUCUUACAGACUACUGCAUUUCGCACCUUUUUCUUUUCCCUCUCCCAAUCUUGCUGUGUUAUGUUAUAAAAGUCAUGAGCAGUCUCACCUGUUCUCUUCCCAGAGGCUCAGAGGGAAGACUGGGACUCGCUCUGGGGAGCCUAAUCCAGCAUAUACUAUGUUGACCUCCUUCAGAAGACAGAACUGGGCUCUGAGGUGAAAAGCCCCAGAAUUUAUGCACCCAGUAGUUCAAUUUUGGGGUUUUUUUUCAUAUCAAAUGAGUGUCUGAGCAAAUGUCAUAUUACAUUUGAAGAAAUUUUUAAGACCCUGGUGAAAUACUAGGCAACAAGGGUCUUAGGAGUUUUGAGGUGGAAGUGUCACAAUUAUCCAUGAAUAAUGGAAACUGCUCGAAGACUGCUGAAAUGUCCCAGCAUAACUGACAGGCUGCCAUGCAAGGAUGAUGGAAGGAUGGCUCCCACAGAAAGCUGCAAGAAGCACAGAGAGAAAUGGAAACUGAAGAGGAUCAUUUUUAUCUGCUGGUUUUAACUUCAUUUGGAAGUUGAUUUGAACAUCAUCCAACUGACAGAGGGGAUCGCGGGCAGAAGAGAACGUGACUGCAAGAGCAAGAGGUGACAAUGUGAGUCAGACAGAUGCAGGAAUGGCACAAUCCUGGUGACUAUCCAUGACUGAUUCUUUAGGCCAGUGUUGCUAUGAAAUGGCUAUGACCACUUGGAAGGAAGUUUUAUGUUAACAUCUUUUAAAAAUCAUUUUUAGCAUUAGUUAACAAUGAUUAAUCACAGCAUCUUUAAAAAAAUUAGAAAAAAAAGAGUACCAAAAGCAGAAAUAGCCAAGAAUGCUACAGGGAUUUGCCAGUUGUAUAUGAGGCAUUAAUCUUCUGAAAAGUAAGAAAUCAAUUAACUUGCACUAGCAAAAACCCCAACAUUGGUAUUUUAUUUAAAAAAAGAUGAUUAAUAAAAAUGGUUGUGAAUUGGGAACCAAUUAAAGAAAAUAUGCACAUGAGACAGAUCCCAAAAGAGUAAAACAAAGAGAGUACUAUUCCUUGUGUAGACAGAAUCAGGAGAUGAAUAUCAGCAGUCUAAACCGGAUCAGCAGUACCUGUAACUUUGGCUGCACAGACACACACAAAAUAGUGUGGAUUUUUAAUGUGUAAUAAUGAUUCUCCGGUUAAAAUCAGCAAUUGUGUUGGGAAAAAGUAACACAUUUGGGAUUGUACUUUGAAAUAUGGGAAUUUAUUUCUAUCAGAAUAAUCCAGAACGUUCUAGUUGGAAACUGCAAUGAAUUAUCAACCCCUCCCCUUGUAAGAGCUGGUCAGAAAGAAGUGAGAAGUCCCCCUUUUUAUCAAUUUCUUCAUUUAGAUAACUUAUACCAGAAGCUAAGAAAAUAUAAAGCAAAUGUUUCAAAAUGUCUGACGAUACUGAGUUUCAUAGUUGAAUAUUUUUUUUUAAUGUAGAAUAAGGUAUUCUGACAGUCAGCAGCAUUUCUGCCAACCUAAAUUAUUUGUCACUGAUUAAAUCCUAUCUCAGACUUCUCUAAUGAGCACCAAUAAUGUAUUAUUGCAGCUGAAUUUCAAAAAGUAUUUCUCCUGAUUUCCUUCACACAGAUUUAAAAAAAAAAGUAUGGAUUUCAAUAAUAAUUCAGAAUUCCAGGACUACUGUUAUGCAGUGCUCCAUAUGUGUAUUUAUAUGCAAAUGACAGCAGCCUGCCCACCCCAACAAAAAGGUUUUAGGUACUUUUUGAUGAAUAGGAAACUUUGCUUCAGGAUUUGCAUAGUCCUUGUAUAGUCUUCUCCUUGAGUGCUUGAGAUACUGAAAUAUAAUUAUUACACUAACUGAUGAGAUACAUAUUUAAUAUAAAUAUGAAUAAAUUAUAUGUAUAUAAAGGUGUACUCUAUUAUGGUUGAGACUGGUAAUUCAUGGUGACAACACAGCAGAUAACUAUGAUAAUAUUACAGUGUAGUGACUGAGCAUCUUUUACAUUAAUAUCCCAGUAUUUCUUUGCUAUAUUGUGUGUCCAGCAAGGCUUUAUUAUAACUAAAUUUAUAACUGCUACAGAAGAGUGAUAGAUUCAUACCUUUGACUUGAAAAAAAGGGCAUGGCAUUACAUUUUUUAAAGGUUCACUUACAAUGAACAGUUAUAGAGUAUGUGCAUAUAUUUAAUUACAUAUCUGUACACAUUUAUCCCACGGAAUCUCUUCCACUACAGAGAUUGGAACACAGGUAUAAAUACAGUUCCUAGUAAAUAAACCAUUUAUUUAUCAUAAUACACCUGUAUCUGUAUAUAUUUCUACAAAACCAAAGCCUUUAAACUACUGGUUUAAGAACCUUAAAAGCAUAGACUGCUGUAGUUCCUGACAUUUCAGAGCAUGAUCAACGAUUUUAAAUAGUGUUUAAUUCUGCCUGAAGGCAAAGUCAGAGUGUGCUGGUUCCAUGUCAGCUUUGUGUGAAGCAUUUGCAGAAACUGCUCAUUCCUUUCAUAAUGCAGAUAUGGGACAAUAUGGGGAAAAAAAAAAGCCAGCCUGUUUCCUGCCUGGAGUUCAUUGCCUUUAAAAUUCAACAUUUUCAAACCCAGCUAGUGGAUUACAGCCACAAGCUGUCCUUCAUUUCCUCAUGAGUUGUGUUUCUAGUUAUUUUAGUCAGGUCUCAAACAUUUUCUCCCCAAUUUAUACUGUCUAGCUAAAACAAUCAGUGGGGAUUACACAAGAAACCAGCUGAAGUGGAGUUUUUCCCUUGGUCAGUUCAGACUAAAGUUUAUUAAAGUCAUUGUCAAAUUCGAUAUUUCAAUCUUCAAGUACAGAAUUUAUCCCACCAAGGUCUCAAUGAAGAUGUCUAAGUUAAUAUCCUGCUUGAUCUCAGAUAUGGACAUAUUUUCUUUUAGACUCACUCCACAACAGAGUUUAAUGCUUAAAGAACACUUUUCUUUCUGUUUUUGUUCUCCUUCUUAAAAAAAUUACUUGUCACAUGUAUUAACACACAUAAAAUUACUGAUUAACCCUACCUCUUCUAAUUAAAAAUAACAAUGAGGUUCUUAAGCUGUAGGUAGUACUUCUUUUCCAAUAAGUUAGUCCCACAUCCAAUAUUAGCUGUAGAACAUCUAGGUUUUCUAUUAUCUCACACAAUUAAAGAAAGGGGAGGAAAAUAAUGUGAUGUUGAUUUUGGAGAUGUAGUGAAUUGUUAAUUAGCAGUUUAAAGUUAAGAGCAGAUUAUUUUCCUAACUUCAAGUGAGCUAGUGAGAAAAGUAAACAACCUAUUCCACUGAUGAUCAGCUGAUCUCUCCUUAGAAGAGAGGACUGAAGCCUGAUUUUAUGUAAAGAUAAACUUUUCACCUCCAAUCCAAAGCAUUUUACCAGGCAGUGGCAUGAACUGACAAAAUCAGAACACUGUCUAAUUCAUAUAUAAGAUUUUUUCAAAAUUCCCAGGUAACUAAUUUUCCAACGCAUUACACAGAAAAAUUAUGAAGAGUCAAAUCUAGUCCCAUAAAAUUCGGGGAUGUUGCCCGAGUUAUUUGGUUGGUGUCCCUUGCAGUUCUCCAUAGAAGACAGCAGAGAGUUCUCAUGGAAAAAAAGAAGCCUCACUGAUAAUAAAUUCAUACAUUUUUUAAAGGUUUUAUAAAGAUCUGGUAUUUCAGGCAAAUAUAUCUAUUGGCUUUAGUUUGGAGUCUUGUCUCUGUAAUGCUCUGGGUUUUUCUCUUCAUGUCAAAUCACGUGCAGUUUACAUUCCACAAGGUUUCAGCUUUAUUUCACAGUUCCCUGCUGCACUUCUUCAGGGACUUGCACUAAUUUGAAAGAUAAACUUGAACAUUGGAGCUUGAAUAAAAGAAUGAGUUUGGCCAGAGUAUGGUAAAUAAUGAAAGCUGGAUUUUUUAGUUUGGACUUUGACAGGAAGAAGAAACAUCUCAGAAUCUGGCCUGGUGAUUAGUGACACUUGUUAAAUACAGCAAAUAGUGCCAGUGGGAUAUUUUAUCUUUGUCACUGCUAGAUGAAUGGAAGUUGCAUGGGAAAGUUUAUUUUCCACAUAAAGACAUUUGUUUCCAUAGAGAAACUGAGAUCUAAGUACCACUGUUUGUAAAUGUGUAUUUUUGUGACAAUGCUGUAGAAUAGCCAGUUUUCACUUAUUUUCACAGCAUGAGCUGGUCAUGCCAGGGUCUAAAGCAUGCUCUGAUGCCUAUUUAAAGCCAGUCAUACAGAUUCCCACUUGCCUCAGUGGGAGUUGGAUUGAGCUGUAUAGAAAGUGAAAGAAUGGUCAAAUCCACCUUUUUUACCUUCAAGGAGGGACCAAACUCUUACCCUUGGCAACACCUGCCUCACCUGCUCUUUGCUGUGUUCAGCUCUUCCUGCUGAUGCAUGAGGUACCUUACAGAUGGAACUUAAGUUGGAAUUUGAGCCCUCUCUGUAUUCACAUGGGGGACACCUGCAUGUGUCUCUUAAAGAAUGUAGUGUGAAAUGCACUGUAAAUAGUUUUAAUAUACAUUCCUAUUAUGGUUUAAUAAAAAUCUUAGUCACAGUCACCAAUCACUGAGUGUGUCCACUUGUAAUCUUUUAUCUUUGAAAAAAAUUUGAACAAAUAUAUAGUUUCUGGGCACAGUAUUUUUGUACUAGUUUGAGGGGUUUCUCUGUAUAUUAUGUUUUGCCUGUUCGCAGUAUUAAAGUCUUCUGAAUGCUGUGUGUUCUUUCUUGCUUCUGUCCUAUGACUUCUUAAAGUAAAGCUGGUUACAUUACUUUAAAGAAUCAUUAUCCCUACUUACUGUACAGCUGAUAGAGAAUACAGAGUCGGGAUAUUUUCUAUGGUCAGACUGCUGCUUAUUAGUUAUUUCCUCAUUCUUCUCUUUGUACCGUUUUCAUGCUUUUUAAAAUAAAAAGGAUGAUGUCAAA